GCCUCAUUAUGUAUUAAAAGCCAGUGACAUCUGUCUGUCUAUCAAGAAUGUGGUUUAUUAUUAACUGCUUUCACCUGACAGUGCACUCGUGUUGUAUUUACACAAGACAUCUAAUAAAACAGACGGGCAGAGGCAGGGACGCCUAUUUAGUCCACGUUUAUUAGACUACUGAUAUCGUUGUUGAGCAUGGACUUAAACCUCACCCUUUUCUAUAUCAUCUGCCUACCAAUCUACUCUGAUGAUAGGCUUGCUAUUCAUUGUUGUUUAUUAUCAGUAAUGACAUCAUUUGUAUCUGACACAGGCACACAUUGUAUCAAAUAUAUGUGAAUGGCAAUGACGAACAGUCUCGCCAAAUCUGAUGUUUAAAAGGAAAAAGCCUAAUAAGUGCAAAAUAUUAUGACUUUUAUAUUAGUUGGAUUUAAGCAAGACACCAAGGAAUGAAUAGGCCAAAUGACUUUUGAUGCCUCCUCCCCUCUCCCCUGCGCUCGCUUCCGUCUCUCUCCACGCCUCUCUGCCUCUCGCCUCCCUCUUUCACGAACCAGCCUGUCAGUUAGCGGGCCGGUUCACACCGGACUGAUUGAACGUGACACAAUCAGAUUGCUCUCCGCGAAACUCUAACCGUUUGGCGGAUAUCAAGUUUCUUCAGUUCAGACAUUAUCUGUGUCGCAGACACUGUGAUUUCGGUCCGUUUUUCUUUUGUUUGAGGAACUUGGUUGUUUUGCCUGUUGUUACAAUUUUCCUGGUUAUGAUGCGUUUUGUGUUUUUCUUGUUCCCACUGGUGAAGCAGCCACGAGUUCAAAGAAUGGCAGAUUUGUGCCUUCUCUAACCCGUGACGACUGAAACGACGUGCGAUCAAACGACUCCAGCUGUGCGGAUUGACAAGGUUCUCUGCGCGGCGAGACGCAGCGGCUCGAGAUCCAGCAGGAUUUAGCGCUCAAGCAAGCCUCCUACAUGCACUGGUCUAGUGCGAAAGAGACACUCUCUCUCUCUCUCUCUCUCUCUCUCUCUCUCUCUCUCUCUCUCUCUCUCUCUCUCUCUCUCUCUCUCUCUCUCUCUCUCUCGCUGAGGCAUACACCUCUCUCACACAGACAAUAAGCCAACAUUGUCUACCCUUGUCACCAAUCCUCCCCUUUCUCUCGGACUCGCUCACAUCCAGCGCUCCGAGAACGAAGUUGUGUCCAGCGCACCGACCCUAGUCGAUUUCCGCCCGUCGUUGAUCCGACGCAGCCCAACCCUGGAUUCAAUACUUUUAAUCAAUGGACAGAGCCUCCUCAACGGCCAGCAGAGGUACAGACACGCCAUAAGCAGCCCUUACCCUCUGGCAUUAGCUCCCCCUGGUGGUUGGAGGGGGAUGGAGCGCGGCGGUGGGAAGAGCCCCCGCAUGCAGGACAGUCCUGAGUGGGAGCGGCGGGGGGGCAGCCCGGACCUCAGCGGACCCCCGCCAGGGAAGAUGGGACGUCUGGAGCGCAACGGGAGCCCCAUUGGGCCAUGUCUCCUACACCACAACGGCAACCCACACGGACCCCUGGGAGGUCUGAUGAUCCCAGUAUUCUGUGUGGUGGAGCAGGCAGAGCUGGAUGGGGGGAUGCAGCGUGAGGAGGUGGAGAGGAGCGAGGGCCACAGAGAGGAGCAUGCUGAGUUUGUCCUGGUCAGGAAAGACAUCCUCUUCAACCAGCUGGUAGAGACAGCCCUGCAGGCCCUGGGGUACUCCCACAACUCUGCUGCUCAGGCCCAGGGCAUCAUCAAGGUGGGUCAUUGGAACCCUCUGCCCAUCCACUUCCUAACAGACGCUCCUGAAGCCACGGUGGCUGACAUGCUGCUGGACGUCUAUCACAUGGUCACUCUCCACAUACAGCUACAGAGCUUUGCCAAGCUGGAGGAUCUUCCGUCAGAGCAGUGGAACCACGCCACGGUGAGGAACGCUCUUAAGGAGCUUCUCAAGGAGAUGAACCAAAGCACACUGGCUAAGGAGUGUCCUCUGUCACAGAGUAUGAUUUCCUCGAUAGUAAACAGCUCCUACUAUGCCAAUGUCUCCACUGCCAAAUGCCAGGAGUUUGGACGCUGGUACAAGAAGUAUAAGAAAAUCAAAGGAGACUAUCAGGAGAAGAUGUGGCCAGGAAGAGAACAUUCUGAAAUCAAAGUGGAGAGAGACAGCCUGGCAGACUUCUAUGUCCUGGGCCAGCGUCCCCCUCCCCACCUGGCCAGCCUGGUCCAGCUCAGCCACCUCGGAGGGGGUGGAGGUGCUCUCCUCAAGGGUGGGUCCGGGGACCCCCAAAACCCCUCCCAACCCCCCCAACAACAACAACAAUCCCAACAACAACACCCCCCCUCACCCCAUGGCCAGCACCACAACAGCCCCCCUCUACGUGGCCAGGUCCCCCCUCCCGGCCCUCCAACCUCCCUCCAACCUCUCCUCGGCCCAGGCGGGCUUCUCUCCCCCCAGCUCAGCCCUCAGCUGGUCCGACAGCAGCUAGCCAUGGCUCACCUCAUCAACCAGCAGCUAGCUGUUAGCCGCCUGCUAGCCCACCAGCACCCACAGGCCCUCAACCAGCACUUCCUCAACCACCCUCCCAUCCCUCGUCCCUCCAAGGCAGGGGCCCCUGGGGACCCUGGGAGCAACCCGUCUGCUGCGGAGGUCUCCAUUGAUAUCUACCAGCACGUCAGGGAUGAACUGAAGAGGGCCAGCGUCUCACAGGCUGUGUUCGCCCGCGUGGCCUUCAACAGAACACAGGGCCUGCUGUCGGAGAUUCUGCGGAAGGAGGAGGACCCUCGCUCUGCCUCUCAGUCCCUACUGGUCAACCUCAAAGCCAUGCAGAACUUCCUCAUCCUCCCUGAGGGGGAGAGAGACCGUAUUUACCAGGAGGAGCGUGAGCGCAGCAUCAACCCCUCUGUCGGCCUGCCCCCUACCCCUACCUCCAGCCCGGGGGCCCGCAGGGUGUCUCAAAAGGUGUGGGAGAGAGGUAUGGACGAGCAGCUCACUCCUGAUGCCUGGGCUGCUAUCUGGAAGAACAAGACCAAAGCCUCCUCUGUGCCCAAGCCACCAGGCCCCAACCCAGACCUGCCCCUGAAGCUGGAGUCUCUGGUCAACAUCACGUCAGGUAUCUAUGAUGAGAUCCAGCAGGAGAUGAAGAGGGCCAAAGUGUCUCAGGCGCUGUUCGCCAAGGUGGCUGCCAACAAGAGCCAGGGCUGGUUGUGUGAGUUGCUGCGGUGGAAGGAGAACCCUAGCCCAGAGAACCGUACUCUGUGGGAGAACCUGUGUACCAUCCGGAGGUUCCUGACCCUGUCCCAGACAGAGAGGGACAUGGUGUAUGAAGAGGAGUCAAGGCACCACCACAGUGACAGGGUCCACACUGUACUACACCUGCCCCAAGACCCACAGGCGCUGCACAGGCAACCCCCACAGCCCCUGAAGCACCACUCCCCCAUGCGCGAGGACCCUGUGCCCACUCAGGGUAACGACGAAGGGUCACAGAACGUUGAAAGAGGUGGUGGUGGCGGUGGCUGCACGGGCGGCCCAGGAGUCGGUGGUUGCACGGUCGUUAAGAAGCCUCGGUCGCGCACUAAGAUCUCUCUAGAAGCCCUGGGCAUCCUACAGAGCUUCAUCCAGGACGUGGGUCUGUACCCGGACCAGGAAGCCAUCCAUACCCUGUCAGCCCAGCUGGACCUGCCCAAACACACCAUCAUCAAGUUCUUCCAGAACCAGCGCUACCAUGUCAAGCACCACGGCCGGCUGAAGGAGCUGGGGGAGGGGGCUGGCGGCGUGGACGUCAGCGAAUACAGAGACGAGGAGCUCCUCUCCAGCUCAGAGGACCCUGAGUCCAGUGAGGAUGGUCACGAGGAGAUGUACCCCACUACUGAGAGGGAAGGAGGGGAGAGAGAGAGCAGCACAGCAGGGUCAGCCCCUUCCCUGGCCCUAGCCCCGGGCCAGUCUUCAGGGACCAGCAUGGGAGCCAUGGAGGAGAGCAAGGACAAGGGGCAUUCUCAUGGUCUGGGUGAGGGCCGAGCCAGCUCCCUGCCCCCUAGUAGCUCCUCAUCCAGUCCCAGAGAACAGGCUGACUUCCAGAGAUAGAGACCCAGAGACUAGAUGAGACACUCGAAGAGACGGGCGGAGAUAGAGAGACACGAGAGACAAAGAGACACGAGAGAGAGAGAGAGAGAGACGAGGGGAAGCGAAUGGGAACAAGACACUGGGAGAGGGGAAGAGAGGCAUAGAUGAGACUCACUGACACACACACACAAAUAUACAGACAGAAGGGAUCUUAAGGAGGGCUCGUCAAAGAGGGAUUUCAGUGAAAAUACAAUUUGUUACCUCAGCAACAGGGAUAUGCCAUGAAACAGCAGCCAUGUGGGACAGUUAGAAUAGUAUGUUCACUGAACCAAUAGACAGAGAGAAAACCAAACAUACACAUCUCACCCCUGUCCACAAGAAGAACUCGCCACAUCAACACCACUCUUGAAUUGAGCCAACCCCAAAAUUCAGCUUCACUCUGUCCAAUGACUACUCUCCCUAAUGUCUCAACCGCACCCACAUGCUGAGCACUUGUCCUUAUUUCGAUGCUGGGUCUUGAGUCAGGCCCCUAACUGACAGUCAUAGACUGAAUACUGGGGGCCUGCUCAGACCUCCACCAUCCUGUGGUCCCUCAGCUCCAGAUCUACAAAACUGGCUGCUGUGGCUGUCCUCCAACUCCUCCCCCUCUCCGCCCCUCCAUGACAGGACCAUUCUAGUCUUUGGUCUUUGACAGUGUUGGCAGUUUGAGUGGGUGGUUGGAUAGUGGAUAGGUGUUGGUUGGAGGUAGGAACAGUGGUAUGGGGGGAAUUCACCAAUGAUAAACAAAUAUGGUGUAAGUCCAGAAUGGAAGCUUAUGGUAUUUUUUUGAAGUUGGAAUCGCCCCUCCCAUCCAGCUCCCGUUGCCAACCCUCAAUGGUGCAACAACAUCCCUAUGCGAUGGACCAGACCAUCCCUCUAACGCCCUGCCCCAUACCCCCUGCCCCCUAACCCCCACUCUAAAUAUGGUUCAUUCUCUCUGUCACUGUACAGCAGUUAUUACACACUAACCUAGUGUGUAUGGCCACUGUGGUUUAUGAGGACACUGCUAGCUGAACAUAUCAUGGUUUAGGACAUAAGAGAGGACAGCCUUGUGAGGACAAUGAGGACCCAGUGGUGUACAAGGACACUCAGGAUAACAGUUACUCUGGUCUGUCCUCUGUCCCUCCUGCAUACCCAACCUCUCCCUGUGUGGAAAGAAACAGGGAGGGGCACAACAGAACGGAGAUUCAGCAACCAAUCGGGUAUCUGCAAUCAAUCAGUCACUUUAUGUGCACUAGCCCACCCCUUCACUCUUCCUCUCUCUUUCCCCAUCCCUCGUUCCCUCCCUCAUUCUCUCUCUCUAUAAUUGGUGCCCACAGUGUCCCCUUCCACCACACCUACCCACAUGUAACUUCUCCACCAUAUUUAUUGCUAUCUUUAUCCAUGAUUAUCAUUAUCAUUAUUGUUAUGGUUGUUAUUGUUGUUAUUGCUGUCAUAGCUGUUUAUUUUUUACUUCUAUUUUCAUGCUUGUAAUAUUGGCUUUCUGAGCACCAUGGUUGUUUUGGUAACGAGAGACGUUUUUGAGACAUGAGAAACACACAUUGCCGAACAAGAGCAGAAGAAAACCAGAAAAGAAGCAGUUACUGUAACGUUUAUCGAGUAGAAAUCCUGUCAUGCUGUGCUAAGCAACUCACGUGUUCUUCCAAAGAGAGACGGACAUUGGCUGAAACGGGAGUGGAAUCCAAAAAGUAAAGGAAACACAGCGAAUAAACGGAGCUUUUGCUACAGCUGUUAACAAUCUGACAUGUUUGGAGCCUUUGGAAAACACAGCAGGCUUGACCUCUGUGUGUUAUGUACAAGUGUGUGUACAGUUCAGUACAAAUCCUUAUCUGAGAGCGGGUACUUAUGUCGAAGGAUGCAUCCCAAAGAGAGCCCUAUGAGCCCUGGUCAAAAGAAGUGGACUGUAUAGGGAAUAGGGUGGCAUUUGGGGCACAGACAAAGUAACAGAGUAACCAUUAUUUACCUGUCUGACUCUAGGCAGCUGCUACGUGAAUGACCUGUCUUGUACUGUAAUUCAUUAAUUAAUCAAUCAUACAAUACAUUGUGUUAUAUCGCUAUGA